AUGCAGCAUUGGACACAUCCCCCCUUAUCCACCCAAAAAUGGGGGAGCGGGUCGGGAGACAGCCCGCCCCGGGGCCCGGGGAACCGCGGGAAGCGCGGCCGGAGCAGUGACGUCACCGGGUCUCCCGGUCCCGCCCCCUCCCCGGGUCGGGGGAGGGGUCACCGAGGGGGUUUCCUCGCGGCCCGCUGGGGGAGGCACGGCCGGCGCGCCGGGGGGCCGCUGCCGCCCCGCUGCCUCCUCCUCCUCUUCUUUCUCCUCCUCCUUCUCACCGGUGGGACUGCCCGGGCGCCGCCACCCCGGCCCCUGCUCCUGCCCCGAGGCAGGGGGGGCACCUCGCCGCACCUCCCGGGGGUCUCCUCAAGGGGGGGUCCCCGCUCGGCACGGCACGAGGCAGCGCCUCCCCCCGACGGCCGCCGCCGCUCGGGGCGCUGCGCGGUGCGCGUCGCGCUCCCCCCUGGCAGGGCCCGGCCCCCGGGGCACCGGCACGGCCGGGCGCACACACGGACGGACACGCAGAGAGACGGGGCUGGCGCGGAGAUCCCGGAGGUUCCUCCCUGCCGCCCGCCCGGACGGGCUUCCCCGCGCCCCCGCCCGCCCAGCCCGCCGCGCCCCGGCGCCGCCCGGGAAACUCACCGCCGCGCCGCGCAUCCCGCCGCGGCUACAACUUUCCAUCCCGGGCGGCAGCCGGCGGCGGCAGCGAGCCCCUUCGCCGCUGGAAGUGGGCGGGGGAGGAAAUACGAGGAGGAGGCGCGUCGUGCUCUCCGCUACGGCGCCCCUUUUUUGGCCCGGGACGCGGGUUUUGCCGGUGGGGGCUGUGCUGCCGUGGUUGGUUUCCUGCAUCAGCUGCGGGGGUGUGUGUGCACACCACACAUGUGUGUCUCUGUGUGUGCGCGCUCUCCGUGCCGGGUCACCCUGCCCGGCCAAGGGCUGCCCUCCCUUCUCCCACGCCACGGGUAAGGGAGCGCUGGGCCGCCCUCCAGAAGGCGAGGGGGGCCCGGGCUGGCCUUUGGGUCCUGAGGAGGGGAAUUUGGCGUCUCUUUUUUUUUUUUUUUUUUUUUUCUUUUUGUUUUUUGUCACCCAAACUCCCCGACAAAGCAGUGUUGGCAGCUUUGCAUUGCCACUCGGUUUUUCAAUCGGGUUUUGCUUUUGAAGCCAGUACGUGAUGUCUUUAGCAAACAAACCCAAAUAAAUAUUUCUUGCAUCAC